UCCUCUUCAGUCUUUUUCCAGCUGAUGCUCUUCCUUCGCUCCUAUUUAUAUAGCCGAUUUCGCAGACCAGUCCCGCAAUUCCUUCUUCCCCUUUCUCCCAAUCCCCAUUUUCUCGCCACUUUACUCUGUCUCUCUCUGUGUUUUCUCCAUUCCAUCCAUGGAGGACGCUACUGUGGUGGAAGCUAUAGAUGGGACUCUCUCUGUUGCAUCUGCAUUCUCUUGUCAUCAAGAAGCCGUACAGAAUAGAGACCACAAGUUCUUGACAAAAGCAGUUGAAGAGGCCUACAAAGGUGUUGAGUGUGGAGAUGGAGGUCCUUUUGGGGCGGUUGUUGUUCGUAAUGACGAAGUAGUUGUGAGCUGCCACAACAUGGUCUUGAGGAACACUGAUCCUACAGCACAUGCUGAAGUCACUGCAGUGAGGGAGGCCUGCAAAAAGCUCGGUCAAAUCGAACUCUCAGACUGUGAAAUAUAUGCAUCGUGUGAGCCCUGUCCGAUGUGCUUCGGCGCCAUCCAUCUUUCAAGAAUUAAGAGAUUGGUUUAUGGAGCCAAAGCAGAGGCAGCAAUUGCAAUAGGUUUUGAUGAUUUCAUUGCUGAUGCCAUAAGGGGCACUGGGUUUUAUCAGAAGGCUCAUUUGGAAAUCAAGAAAGCAGAUGGGAAUGGUGCUGUUAUUGCUGAGCAAGUGUUUGAGAAAACAAAGGAAAAGUUUCAGUUAUAUUGAAUUUAUCCUUUCUUUUUUUUUUCUGUUAAAAAUAAAUAAAUAUCAAACUGUUCAUAUAUGAUGUUUAAUUCAUGAAGCAAUCAUGCAGCUGUAGCUUAACUUUCAAUUAAUCCAUUUUCAUUGUCUUGAAAUGGUUUAAUUCUUGAAUUAUGUCCAUGUGUUUUAUUA